UUUAGAUUUGGAUAAGCUGCCAACUUUAAGUAUGCUCCAGCUGGGGUUGCUGAAUUUUGAUGAUAAGACCGAACAAGAAUUGCUUUCUGUUGUCCAGCAUUUACUAGUUUGUGUAAUCGAUGACCCUGGUGUGCCAAAUCGGCCAGAGGCUGUCUCUGUUCUUAAUCAGAAUGUACGAGAUGUCGAUGUAACCAACAGCAACGUGUCUGAGGUUUUACGUCUCUUUUUUAAUGCUCUGGAUGGCACAAGCAAGAUGUGCAAGUGGGUAACAGAAAAGCCAUUUUUGUCCUUAAAUCCAACACAUAAGUCUGAAAUUAUUGCUUUUUUGUGCAAUGAGCUGUUAUGUAGCCGAGCUGUUCUAAGACAAAUUGAGUAUAACAUAGAGACCGUAAAUAAUUUACGACGAGACAAGUGGGUCGUUGAAGGAAAUCUGAGAAAGUUACGAAACCUCCAGCAAACGAGGGCAUUAAAAAGUCUAGUACAAAGUCAUAAAGAAAAUUCUCAGACUGUUGUUGAUGGUUCUAAGAUGAGUGACGUGAAUGAAAAAACAAACAAGAGUAACACAAGAAUAACUAUGAAUGGAGAUACCAGUGUUGAUGGUAAAGUUACAGAGAACAAAUCAGCAAAAGGAAAUAAAGGGCGAUCUAAAUAUGAAGAAGAGGAAAAUGAUGAUGAAAGUGGUAAUGAGAGUGAUGCUACUCAAGCAACUAGCAGGUUGUCUGAUGGGGAGGAUGAAGAACUUGGUUUGUCUAAUGAAGAGUUAGAGAAGAAAAUUGAAAAACUUUCAAAGCAACAAGCCCAGUUUCACAGUAAGUUAACCAAAGCAGCUCAUACCAUUCGAGGUACGUGUUUUGGUCAGGACCGCUAUUGUCGUCUCUACUGGGUGACUCCGUGUGCCGGAGGUAUUUUUGUUGAAGGGGUCGAGUCAUCAGGGGUGGAAAAUGAAAAUAUAGAAGAACAAGAUAAAACACCAGAUACAAGUUUGGAAAAACUAGAGAAUAAAGAAAAAUGUGUUGAUAAAACACGAGACGAGAAUGUGGUGGAAGAGAAACAUGUAACACACACAGAAUCAAAACUAAAAGAAGUAAAUAGCAAUGUAUCAGAAGAACUGAAAGCUGAAGAGGAAAACUGUAUCAAGAUUGUACCACAGGUUAUCCCUGGGAAUGAAGAACAAAGUAAGUCUCUAGAAUCAAAAGAAGAAAACUCUUUAAUGAAUACCAAUGAGAAUAAGGAAAAAGUGGAAAGUACAACCAGUAAAAGAGAACAAACACUUAAAACAUCUGGUACUAAUAUUUCUUCUGAUUCGCCUUCACAUUAUAUUAAUGUUAAGAAAGAAUCGCCUACAAAACUGAAAAGUUCCUCUGAAGUUGUUGUUUUGCCAGAAAUAGGUGAUAAACUAACAAAUUCUAUCAAACUUGAUAUUCCAAACACUUCAACGAGUAGUGUUCCUAGUAUUGAACAGAACUGGUUGCUUCAUUCUCCUUUCUUUGCUUCAGUCCUUGCAGGCUCAAUGCUCAUGAAUGGACCUUUAUUACAUGGCAGGGAAUUAAAUGGUAGCUACUUCAAUCUUCCUAAAAUUGAACCUCCAGUUUCUAGUUCAUCAUAUGGUCCACUGUUAGGGUUAAACCCUACCUUUUUGUCAGCAGAACAAAUGCUCAAAACCUUGUCAGAGAAACAGUCUACCCAGAAACCCUGGUUUAGUGUUCUUCCUAGAAUGCCUUGUGAUAAUACCUCAAUAACUCAAGGAUCACCUUGUAAACAUACUCCUUCCAAGAGCUCCGAAGAGACACACAGAACUUUGUCAAAUAGUUCUCAGCCACCAACAACCUCGCACAGCCAAAGCACUCCUAUCAGUUCCAUGGCUGGACAUAGUUCUCCUGCUGCAGCCCUGGCUCUUGCUAACCUCCAUCUGGGAAUCUUGAAUGGAUUUCCACCGCCUUUAAUACCAAAUCCACUUCUUAAUCCCUCUGUGAUGAAUUCUCUUUACACAACAACAGAACCAUCACGCCUGACAUCCACACCAAAUUCUUUAGGUACCUCUGUAACUCCAUCUGUAAACCCUCCCUCAUUCUGCUCUACCCCCUCUACUGUUCCAUCUCCAUCCUCCACUCCUGGUCCUGUACCAUACGGAUCUUAUUCCAACUGUUCUAUAGAAGACUCACCUCAAGUUCAACAGAGACUACUGACAGAAAAACUGAGCCAGUAUGCAACUCCUCGUGUAAUACCAAAAG